UCAAUAUAUUUGAAAUCUUUGCUUGAAAAUGUCUGAUGUGCCGCGUUUAUCGUCCCUUUCGACAAAAUUGGAAGACACUGCUCAUAUAUCGAGUACCAGGACACGUAGUUCGGUACUGGAGGGUCCUCGCUGGUCUCGGUGGAAUCGUGAAGUAAUCCGAAGUGAUGCCCCCUUUGCUGAUCGAAAUUUCAACCAUCCCCACGCCCCAGCAACGGGGGAGCUGAAAUUCCUCGGAGGAUUAGGCCACGGUCAUGCCCGGAAGCCAUCGAAGCUCCAUCAAAAUCGCACAACUUCUGUGCAGAAGCUCUUGGGGAUGCGGACACAGCACCGUGUGAUGUUCUCCCUCACGGAGGAUGCACAGAGGGCUGGAUUUGGGCACAGAGAGCCCCAUUCGCAGCUCAGGGGCACCGCGAAUGUGCAGCGUAUUGUGAAAUCUGUGAGUGAAGCUGACAAUAUUCCAUCUCCAACGUAUUCUGAUCCAUCUGAUGAUGAGCGUCUCAUUGUGGGCCGCAUUGAGAGAUCAACGCCACGUCUUAGCAUGGAUGACACAGCAUAA